AUGGCUGCACGGUAUACACCGCCGCGCUCCCUGGGUCAGCGUCUACGAGAUGCUGACCACGAGAAUGGUAUUCCUCGCAGCGUACCGCAAUCACUAACGGAUAUGCCGUCUCGCAUACCCGCAGGAGGCAAAGACAUGUCUUCCGAUAGCAGUAAUACCUCCAGUCACAACCACCACCCGAAACCUCUACCCACUCCGAGCAAGUCUGCAUCUCCUCUUCCAAACAACCUGCUUCCAUCCGCACCGACUUCUCCGCCGACUCCAGCACCGAGUCCGACACCGCAUCAUACAGUAUCAAAUUGGCAGUCCAGCCUAGAGGGUAAUGAUAGAGGUGGUGGCGAACUAGACGAAGACGAAGAGGAUGAUCUGCUACUCAAGGCUCAAAUACAUUUCAGUUCGUUGGGCAGUGCCCAGAAACAAAAGUUUUUGGUGGAUAUUUUGAAUCUUUGCGAUAAUCAGCAGCUCAGUUUUAUUUCGAGUUUCAUCAGUCCGCGGUUGAGGAAGGAUCCUUUUCUGGCUUUUCCGAAUGAGAUAUGUUUAAGGGUUCUCUCGUUUGUGGAUGAUCCGAAAACUCUCGCCCGAGCAUCGCAGGUUUCGAAACGAUGGCAUGAACUUAUCAAUGACGAUAUAACCUGGAAGCAUCUAUGCGACAGACAUGCAUACGUUUAUAGAAGACCAUCCGAUGACGAUCGUGACUUUGUCGACCCGUUUCACGGCAGCCGACGAUUAUCCUCGCGAAGUUCGACCAGCAGCGAGUAUCAGAAUCACACUACCUUUCAACACUGGAGGAGGAAGUCGACUUCCUCCGCUGCUGAUAGUGUAACCACCAUGUCCACAGAUCAUCCGCUAGAGUCAUCGUGGCCGCCGCCGUCGUCCCCUCGGAAACGUCGUGUUCAGCCAGCGUCGUAUCGGACGCACUUUAAAAAGAAGUACAUGGUCGAAUCGGCGUGGCAUAAAGGGGGGCGAUGUGCACAGAAACACGUCACACCCGAUCAAGGUGUUGUGACGAGUUUACAUUUGACGUCAAAAUAUAUUGUAGUUGCGUUGGAUAAUGCAAAAAUUCAUGUCUACGACACGAGUGGAGGGAACCAAAAGACGUUAGAGGGGCAUGUCAUGGGUGUAUGGGCUAUGGUUCCUUGGGACGAUUUGCUUGUGAGUGGUGGUUGCGAUCGUGAAGUGCGAGUCUGGAACAUGGCAACAGGAGCAUGCACACAUCUUUUGCGCGGCCAUACCUCGACGGUACGAUGCCUGAAAAUGUCAGAUAAAAAUACUGCAAUUUCUGGGUCAAGAGAUACGACCUUGAGGAUAUGGGAUUUGGUUACUGGUAAUUGCCGGGGUGUGCUGGUAGGCCAUCAAGCUAGUGUAAGAUGUCUAGGCAUCCACGGCGAUUUGGUGGUUUCCGGUAGCUACGACACAACCGCGCGGAUAUGGAGUAUCUCAGAAGGACGGUGUUUAAGAACGUUAUCUGGCCAUUUCAGUCAGAUUUAUGCCAUUGCCUUUGACGGUCGACGCAUCGCGACGGGUAGUCUGGAUACGAGCGUGCGUAUCUGGGACCCGAGCACCGGGCAGUGCCAUGCGAUUCUUCAGGGACAUACUUCCCUGGUCGGACAGUUGCAGAUGAGAGGCGACACGUUGGUUACUGGCGGAUCUGAUGGAUCUGUACGGGUUUGGUCGUUGACGCGCAUGGCGCCCAUCCACCGGUUAGCUGCUCAUGAUAACAGCGUGACCAGCCUGCAAUUCGAUAGCACUCGCAUUGUUAGCGGUGGUAGCGAUGGGCGAGUCAAGGUUUGGGAUCUUAAAACGGGACAGUUACUGCGGGAAUUGUCAACGCCAGCUGAAGCUGUGUGGAGGGUUGCAUUUGAAGAAGAGAAAGCGGUGAUAAUGGCGAGUCGGUCAGGCCGCACUGUAAUGGAGGUAUGGUCCUUUGCACCACCUCCCGAAGAACUCUUCAAAAACAGCGUUGCGAUUGAAAGUGCAUCAAGCACACCGGGUCUACGACCGACCGAAGACGACCAAGCAAUGCAUCACCAUCACCACGAACCCGUCACAACCUCUGAGCCACCUCCACCAAUAUUUCUGGGGGAGUCAGGAGACCAAGCCAUGACGGAUGCACCUACUCAUCAUUAAACGACUUACGAACAUGACCACAUUACCUUACAGAUUACCAGCAAACAUAACAUAAGCAUUUGGAGGUCGUUCCUUUCCGUUCCUUUUAUAUCCUGAAUACCCUUCACCACGUG